AUGGAAUUUAAGUCCGAGUGACUAUUAGAAGACCCAAUCGAGCUUUUAAGCGAAAUCUCUACUGGAUUGCAUAGCACUGAUGAAAUAGAAAGGUUUUCAACAAAGGAAAACCUGACUGAGGUCGAAAAAGCGCUAUUGUUUCUUGAAAAUGGCCAAAUGAAUCAGAAAUUAUGGGUCGUUAGAGCGAUACAUUUGUACAUUGAUGACGACAGGUUUCUUGAUGUGGUUGGACAACUAGUGGUAUUUCUUAUGUAGAUGAGACUCCCAUACUGGAAUGAGUCUGGUCAAGAAGAAGCUGGGAAAGCAUUUAUCCAGGUCCUUGAAAAGUACCAGCUCCCACAAGACUACGAAGAACACCUGCUGACCUUGAUCUUUGAAAUAAUUGACACAGAGACGCUUUCUCUACAAGAUAUCUGAGUUCAGGUGUUUUGCGAGCUGACCAAACAAUUGUCGAAAAACCUGAUUUCUGGGAAAUGGCUCAGAGAAAUCUUCAAUCUUGCCAAUUUCAGCAAGCCAGACCACAUAAGGUCGAUCGCUGGAGAAAUGCUGGGGUUUGUCGCAGAAAGGCUUGAGCACCCUCAAAAUGAAGACCUCGUCAGGAAAAUUUACUCAAUGUCACAAGACCCGAUUAAUCUAGUAAGAAAGCGGAUGUGCGGCGCCAUUAAGGCAAUUUCAAAAGCAAUCCCAUCUGAUAAGUUUGAGACUGAGCUUAUCCCUCAUUUAUUAGAAUUAUUCAGAGACGAAGUCCCAGAGGUGCUUGACGAAGCCUUAAAGAUUUUUUGUGAGCUAAUCGAUAUGGUCUCUUCAAAUAGCGCACUAAUGAAAAUCAAUGAAAUUCUCAACACCGCCCUGCUUAACUGUGAAAGUGAUAAACUAAAAGAAGUUUAUUUAAAAUACUAUGGAAAAAUCAUCACAAGCCUACGGUUUCAUUUUGACGAAACCACAAGAUUAGCCUGCAUUGACUGAUUUGUAGGGUUUUCUGAAACAAAAAGUGAGACAGUGAAAAUGGAGGCGGCUUUUAAUUUCCCAGCAGUUGUUUUGGUAGCUAGUGGGUUUAAUGAUAAAUUAUUCAGCUUUUUCAAAAUGCUUGCAAAAGAAGAAAAUUUUGACAUAAAAAAAACCAUUGCGAAACAGCUGGCAGACAACGUCAGGUUCUGCACAAGCAGGAUUGGAGAGUUUUUGGAGAUCGUGAGAGGGUACUUAAAAGAUGCUUCUACUCAGUAUAUGGUGAUCCCUCAAUUAUUGAAUAUUGCACUACAUACUUGCUGCUGCCAAGAAUUUCUUGAAGUUUUAAAGCGAAAAAUGAUGGAGACUCAAAAUUGGAGGAAUUUGGUCAUGAUUUUGACAGAAAUCAAGGAUUUUGUGACUCAUGCUGACUAUUUAGACUAUAAUUCAUUUGUGCCUCUUUUGAUUAACUAUAUGCACAGUGCUCCUUAUAUAGUCAAGCAAAAAUCAGCUGAGCUAUUAGCAGCAAUCCUUCACUAUAACUACCGAGCUCAGAAGAAAACUGAAAUUAUUGAGCUCAUCAUCAAUGAAUUUUCUUUAUCAUCAAAAUUCUGCGACAGGUCUCUCUUUAUCGACUUUUGUGUCUACAUAAAAGACCUAUGCUCCCGAAACUUCUUCUGCAAACACUUUUUAGACCAGCUGUUCCAAUUAGGAAAAGACCAUAUAAACAACGUAAAAUGCAAUUUUGCUGCGCACUACACAGAGCUAAGAUACUGCAUCCAUAAAGAUGAUGCUGAAUCUGCAGCAAAAUUCAGAAACAUCUUAAACUUUUAUAUAGAAGACUCUGAUAAACUUCUGUCAGAACUCGCUGUCAAAGCUGAUGACGCAUUGAACAGCAAAAGCUGAGAAGAAGCUUAUGGGGAUGAAGGAGAAACGAUCGACCAUUUAAGGCAGAAAUUUGAAACUGAGCAGGUAGAAAAGGAACAAAAAGAAAUCGGCAACUUCAAAAAAGCUAUGAUGGAAGAAAUCACUGUGAGGAAUCGCCAGAAUUCACAAGGGUCAAGGAAUUUCAGACACUCCACAAGAAGUGGGGCAAAAACACCUGUAAAAAGAUACAGUUUAUCAGACGCUGACAGGUAUGAAAGCAUGGCGAAAAACGUGCAGAGGAGCUUUAUUGCGACAAAAAAACAUAAAUAA